AAUGGAAGAUUCGACUAAUAUUCAUGUUUAUGGAGGUAGCGAGGGUGAUGUUCAAAAUAGAGUUGGAGGUUUGAGUAAAAUCUUAGCGUUCCGUAAUCAAAAAUAUAAUGAGCUUAAGAAGAGACUACUUUCUAAAGGAGAAUUAUUUGUUGACCCAGAAUUUCCCGCCAAUAAUAAAUCAAUGUUCUACAGUAAAAUUGAUACAAGAGUUGAGUGGAAGAGACCGAAAGAGUUGUGUAAAGUUCCAAGAUUAGUGGUUGACGGUGCUACAACAGAUGAUAUACACGAAGGAAUGUAUGGAUCUGGAUGGUUUGCAUCCUGCUGUUGUGCCCUAUUAACUAAUCAAAAGAUGCUUUAUAAAGUAAUACCAGACUGUAAAAAGCAAGAAUGGACAAAUGAUAACGAAUAUGCAGGUAUCUUUAAAUUUAAUUUCUGGAGAUUAGGUAAAUGGUAUCAAGUUGUAAUUGAUGAUUUACUUCCUACUAAAAAUGGUAAGCUGCUCUAUUGUAAUUCAAAAAGUAGAAAUGAAUUUUGGGCGUCACUUUGCCAAAAAGCCUAUGCAAAACUUUAUGGAGACUACGAGACUAUGCACUUGAGCAAUCCUUGUAAUACUUUGGUAGAUUUUACAGGUGGUGUUGCUCAAUCUAUACUUUUCGAAGAUUAUAAUUUAUCUCAAGAUCAAUAUCGCCACCAACUAUUUAGAAUUCUUUUGGAUGCUAAUAGGAACAAUGCCCUUAUGACAACAUUAAUAGAAUGUCCUCAAUCUGAAAAAUUGAAAAUAUCCCCAAAUGGUUUAUAUAAGGGUUUUGGCUAUGUUAUAACUUCCGUCGUAGAAUCAUUUGUUGAUAAGAGAUUACAAGAUCCUCUUCACACAGAUACAAUUUAUCUAAUACGGUUAAGAAAUCCUCUUGGUAAUAGAGACUGGAAAGGUAGAUGGUGUGAGCAAUCAAGAGAAAUGUCGUAUUUAUCUCAAAAAGAUAGGGAUGCAAUGGGUAUAUUGUAUAAUAAUGAAAGUGAAUUUUGGAUGGAUCUAGAUGAUUUUUUAACAAAUUUUACUCAUGUUUAUAUUAAUCAUUUUGUCAAUACAUCAUUUUUAACAACAAUCAAAUCAUAUAAGGAAACUACAUUCCAUAGUAGCUGGACACACGGAGCAAAGGGAACCAAAUGGGAUAGAAGCGGUGGUAAUGAAAAGCAUAGUUCAUUUCUUGACAAUCCUCAAUUUCUAUUUGAAAUUGCGGCUGUUCACGAAGGAGCAACAUUCUCCUUAGAGGCUACCGAUAUAAGACCUGAUAUGAGUGUUGGAGCUUCAAUCAGAGCUAUUGGAUUUCAUAUAAUGAGGGUAGCUGAUAACCAAAAAUAUAGAAUACACGAGAAAGGUGAGACAAUAGUUGUUACCAAAUAUAGAAGAGUUCGAAGCGUUUAUCUUAAAAGCUCAUUACUAAGAGGUAGAUAUAUCUUAGUACCAAGCACUGUUGAACCUAAUAUUGUUGGCAAGUUCCUUUUAAGGAUUUACACAGCAUCUGGAAUGACACCAAGAGAAUUAAAAAUUCCAGUUCCUGAACAAUUAAAUUGCUGUACAGCUCCAUAUAAUUUGGCGACAAGAGUUAUCAUUAAAGAGGUUGAUGGUCUAGAGAUACCUGAUACGAGUAAUGCAAGAGCGGAUAAUUUUAUAACAUUUAUUGUUGUUAAGAGCGAAAAGGAUAGAGUACAAGGAGUACCGACAAAAGCUAAAGAAUUAAUGAGAAAUUCUGGUAAAUUCAAUUGUAAAUACGAUAUUCGUUGUCUCUUCUAUCGUAGAAAAGUUACAGAACCAAUAGUUAUUCAGAUUCUAGAACAUGGAACUUUUCGAAGUACAGUCAUUGGAGAGGGAAGAAUUGAUGGACGUGAUAUAAAUAGCGAAGAUAUGAAAAAGAAAAAAUUAGAUUUAAUAAGUGGUGAGAAACAAGGUUUUCAACCUAUACCGGGUCAUCUUAUUGUGGAAUUUUGUUGUAAUGACGAUAUACAGGGAUAUUAAAUCUGCAAAUUGAAACUGAUAGAUUUUAAUUAUUGCUUUAAUUUGAAUAGGAU